AUGUUUUUGGGGCAACCUGAAUAUAUAUUAUUUAAAAUAACCCGGCGAAUUGAUUACCUCAGUCACGCUGUGACACUCCGCAGUCACACUGUAUCCGCUUCCCAAUCUCCAAAGCACACUAACAACUCCGUUCCUAGCCGACCCUUCCCUUGUACGUAUCCCCCACAACCCCCUUCACCACCAGGUACAGCAGUGGACAAAGCUGGGCUACCCCUCACCGAGGCCGCAGCCCCAGACCCCACCGGCACCGCCACCCUGUGCCGGAGCCUCCCCCGCACCCCCCCGCCCCCCGCCGGCCCUGUCACGCCGUGCCCAAGCCCUCCCGCACCGCCCCCGAGCACCCACCGCCACAGUUCCUUGUCAGCCCCAAGCAACCCCUGUCGCCAUCGCAACCGGGCCCUGCCCGGCCCCGCCGCGCGUUCCGGGGGCCGGCGGCGCCCUCUGCCCCAGGAAACGGGAAAUACAAAAUGUCAGCGACGGCACGGGGAUGGUUGGAGUCCUGACAGGGGUUUCUGUGAGGCAGAGCUCGUGGGACGGCCCGCGUUUCGCUCAAGUGGGUACCUGCGGUGCCAGGCUGAAAUCCUGAGCAGACCACCAUCGACUUUGGAUUGGCUCUGUGUGUUGCCCUCCUUCAUAGGACACCAGUGCCUGAAUCACGUAACCCUGGGAGCCAUACUCAACCACAGAAAUAAAUUGUGAAUCACUAAA